CCGUAGAUGAGCUUCCCAGGAAGGAAAUAGUGAACCUAAUCAAGACUGCAAUUUCAGCAGUGAUGGGGAGCUUCUCAAAUGGGCCUUUAAUUGUGCUCUGUUUAUUGAUCUCAGGAUCUGCUAAAAAAUAUUCAACUGAAGAAAAAUUGAAGUAUAAAUUUUGUAAACAUUAUGUGGAGAUUGGACACCUUACAGGGGACCUGAAGCCUAUGACAUUCUGGCAUGUGGACUGUCAUGAUCAAGAUUAUUUUCCUCUUGGAGACAUAACUGCACAAGGUAAACGUAAACCUCAUAAUAGGGCGGUAAUAGUGAAGGAUGAGAAUAAUGGCCUUCUGGGACGUCCUAAAGGUUUGAGAGAAAUCUGGAGAAAUUCAGGCAAUAACAAUUUUACAGUUUUUGAGAUGGAUUGUGAACAUGGGUUUAAAGCCUUAGGAAAUGUAGUUGUUAAAGGCUCUAGCCAGCUUCCUGAUCUGCAUAAUUACAGAUGCGUCAAUGAAACUAUAUUAGUAAGAGGAAAACUUCGCCCAAUCUGGGAAGAGAUUGGUCAUGUAAAUCGUACAAAUAUUGGAGUUUGGGAAGUUGCAACAGAUCCUUAUGUAGCAUCAGGUAGCAUACCCAUCUGGACUUUUGUAUUUGGGAACAACCACAAUAUUAAAGAUAAAAUUGUCUACGCUUUGAAUCGGAAUAAAGUGAAGAAUGAUAAAUAUGCAUCUAUCCAGUUGAUGAAAAAGAACGAGAAUGUAUGUGCUGACUUGGGAUCUACGGAACCAACAGGAAGCCCUUUUAUCACACUUGUUCCUGCAUCCACUCUGUAUCCAAGACCCCACAUCUCUGAUCCAAGUACAUUUUGUAAUGACAAACCUGAUGGCAACUAUGCUUAUCCAACAAAUCCACACAAAUAUUAUAGAUGCUCUAAUGGGCAGACAGUAGUCAUGAACUGUCCAGGAGGCUUUGUCUACAGUGCCAUCAAGGAUUGGCCAAGUGAUUUGAUUGUGGAUAAGUUUUGUGAAGACAGACCUAAUGGCAAUUACAGUUACCGACCAGAUCCACACAAGUACUAUGCUUGCUGCGAUGGGAACACUGAGCUCAAAGAUUGUCCACCAGACCAGCUUUUUAUUAACUUUGAACGCCAGUGUAGCUGGCCACGCAGAUUUUGAAAUGCUACAAAUGCAUUGGAUAAGAAAUGUACAAUUAACUUUCCCCAGGACCACAUGAAACACUGGGACUGUUGUGGAGGGCUGCCCCCAUUACCACUGCCCCCUGACCCCACCCUGUUCCUUUCCUGCUGCCAUCCCUGUUGGCUCCCGGCCUAACAAUGACACCUCCAACACUGCAGACUGGACAAGGACAACAGAAGGACCAGAUGUGGUGUGUGAAUUGUAAAAUGCCCAGGUCUGCAUUGGAGGGACACACGUUAUAGCAACAA